AUGAACAAGAAUCUUUUACUGUUGUGCUGCUGUGCCGUGUGGACCAUCACAAAUGCUGCCCCACUGCCGGAAGAACUGCCCAACGGGGUGCAAUCCGUAGUGCCGGCACAAAACGCUCCCGUGGUUGUCCUAGAAACCGAUGAAACUGCAGCCGAAGGCAAUGAUCUGGCAGUGGCAGAAGCGGCCCACUAUGGCUACGGUGGUUUUGGUCACGGUGGAGGUUUCGGAGGUGGAUUUGGCCACGGUGGUGGCUUCGGUGGUGGCUUUGGAUUCCGCAAGUUCGGCGGCUUCGGUGGCGGAGGCUUCGGACAUCACGGGUUCGGCGGUGGAUUCCCCGGCCAUGGGUUCGGUGGGUUCGGGGGCGGCGGUGGAGGUUUCAUCGUUGGCGGAGGUUUCAUCAAGGGGGGCGGAUUCUACGGCAAGAAAUGA